AAAUGUUACAUUUGAGAUAUAAUGUAGCAUUUUCCCAAAAUUUCAUAAGAUUUGCUAAAUCGGACAAUGUUGUAACAAUGCUAUUCCAAAAAAUUGCUCAGUAUAAUUAUGGUUCAGAUAAUUAUGUUGUUACUUAUAGUCGUGAAGAUAAAUCAUUUCUUGGAUGGCCAAUUAAAGAGAAUGGACUACAACAGCACGAUGUUUAUUUUAAGGUAUCUAUUUUGACUCAAAACAAUAGUAAUUCAAUUUUAUGUUUAAUUAAUAAUCUAAUCGUAAUUAACGGGUUGAUUGAUUUAAAUAGUGAUCGUACUAGUAGUAGUGACCGAUUUCUUAAAUUAGAGUAUCCCAUUUCUUGUGAAUGUGAUGCUAUUGGAUUCCUUCCUAAUGGUGAUUUAAUUAAUGUAUCAACAGACGAUCGCAAAAUUUACAAGUGCUGUUUCACAGACAAACUAAAAAAUACAGAUCCUUGGGAAUGUUCUCAAAUUAAUAAAAUAGAAAUUCCCAAAAGUUUUGAUCAAGAUGAGUUUGAUUUUGAGAGUUUUACAUAUCAAACGAAGUUAUUUAUAAUUUUUGAUGGUUGUGAAACAUUAAUACUUCAAUUUGAUUUAUUGGAAAUGAAUUUGGAAAGACAAUACAUUACAUGUGUAUAUUCUCCUCAAAGUAUGCCAGUAAUGAAUAAAAAUCAAAUGUUAUUAGCAUAUUAUUCUUGCAUAUUUACAAUGGAAGAUGGAAUGUUGAUUUUAAACGAAAAUUAUGGUUGUGAUAAUCGCCCAGUCGAAUUCAUAACUUUAAAAAAUAAUUCUGAAAGAUUAGUCAUUGAUUGUAGACCAAGUAGUCUUAAACUUGUAGAUCCUUAUCAAACUUAUGGUGAAAUUGAUAUUGAUACAUCCAGUGAUUUUAAUGAUAUGAAUAUCACAGAUGGAAAUAGUAUUUAUACUUCUACUUUUAAAAUUAUACGAAGUAUGUUUGAAGAAAUCAUUAAACAAACGGACAUUAGAAAGGCUGCAUUACCUAAUGAAAAAAAGAUUAUAUUAAAAGAUAAGGUUAAAGUUGAAGAUUCUGAUCUUCAUGAAUUUGUUCUUCGUCCUAAUGAUACUUAUGAUGAGAUUUCUCUUGAACGAAAUGAUAUCUGUGAAAAGUCUUUAAAAUUUUCUCAUGUACUCUCAUAUAAACUAUUAAAAAACCAGGAUUUGGUACUAAUUACUAUGAAAGCAAUUGAGAUUUAUUCAUUAAAUGAAAAUUUUAUAAAUCGAUACUUUUGGAAUAAUAAUGAAUGGAAUAAUAUUUAUAAAUUAUUCGUAAAGGGUAACGAAAUUUCACAGGUCGAAAAGUGUCAAAUCAGUUACCAAUCAGUCACCAAUCGGGUGCCUGAUUGAUGCCUGAUUGAUGCCUGAUUUCCGCCAAAAUCUGACACCAAUCAGUCACCUAUCAGGCUGCCUGAUUGUUGACAGAUAGGUGACAGAUUUAUGACAGAUUGGUAACCGAUUGGUAACAGAUUGGUGACAGAUUGGUGACCGAUUGGUGACCGAUUGGU